AUGGCUGAGAUCCUCCACGUCUCGCCCAUCGGGUGGGGUGGGAUGACUAGCCACUGGUGGCAGUUUGUUCUGAUUGCCAUCCUGCUGGCCACUGUGGUCUGCGGAUGUCUGUAUCUCAUCUACUCCGGCACCUGGCGAGCUCUGAGAUGGUACAAGUCGAGAAUACGUCCAGAGGUCGUGCCGGCCAAUGUCUCGCAACAACUCGACAGGCUUGCGAGACAGCAGCUUACCCUAACAGCAGCGCACCGCACGAAACAGAAACCGUUGUCUGUGGGUGUUUAUCUCGGUGCCUUCAGCAGUCCACUGGACAAAGCCCAUCGUCGCCUUCUCAGCCGAUGGGAUCUCUUGAUCGUGGAUCCUUCCAAGCCUGGCGUGGCCCAGGCCAUGUCACAUGCCGAGCGGACGCAGUAUGUAGGCCGGGUCGAUCUUGCCCUGAUUACUUCUCAGCAGGACUUGGCCCUAGCCUCUAUCAAGAAGAUCGACAAUGUCCUGUCUGGUAACUUCCACGGGGCUGCCUUCAGCGGAAUCGUGCUCGCGAACUGGGAGGAUAAGUUCACGCCCACAGUUCUGACGAAAGUGGCGGAGGCGCUUCAUGGGUUGGGCCUCGCUGUGUAUCUGGAGACGGGGCCACCCACGUUUCUUCAAGAUCGCAACAUCCUACAGACCACUGCAAUCUCCGGCAUCGUCAUCAGAAAUGCCAGUAUACUUCCUGACGGCCAGAAGCGGGACUAUUUCCAGUUGAGAAAAUUGCAGUCGACAAUUAAAGCCUUUGUGUCGGAGGCAUGCAUGAGAGAAUUUUCGGUGAUAGCCUGGGAGACUGUUGACGACAAUGCCUCUCUUUCCAAUGCCGUUGUCCAGAGGUCUAUGCAAUGGUGCAAUUUUUACAGUGCAAUCUCUUGGAUUGGUCGCCAGUCUGCCCUCGAGAACGCCGCUCUGAACGUCAAAACUCCCGAGCCCCUGUCUUCCUUCGGGUGGCUCAAGGAUGCUGAGAUCAUGAAGGUCCACGAUCGUUGGCGCUCCAAUCUACACAUUGCACGCAACCCUGAGUUCAACGAUACCUGGGAUACAUUCCUUCGUUACUUCCCAUCCUUGGACACUCUGCUGGCUUCGUCGGAACGUCAUGUAGAGACUAACGAGAAGCCACUCAGCACGCUUCGUGAGCCCCCGGAAUGGGUUGCGCAAGUCAAAUCUCAGGGUAGCCCGCUCUCUAUAUCUAUGGCUGGUUCUGAGUACAAGGAACUCGGUUGUUUCCCACUUGGUUCAGAGGCAACACCGGUUGCUUUUGCAGAGAUCCUUCAGUCGCAGCAACGGCUCAAGUCCCUUGGCUUGCUCCAUCCAGUACCGUCGUCCAAGCUUCAGAGCAUCGGCCAGCUUCUUCGCCAAUUUCACGACAAGUGCAUUCUCUCUACCUGGAACCCUUCUGAUCACUUCGCCGCCUCAAUCAAAGAACUAUCCACCAUGGCAUCUAAUGAUACGUUGCGGAUCUACCUUGGGCUGGAUUCUGGACUCCGCAAGAGUACUGAUGUACGGUUCUGGGCCGUGUAUCAGAUGGAUACGGAUGGCUUUGAUGUCUUUGCCUCCAAAAAUGCUCACGGUUUGGCAGGAACUGUGCUACACACUUUCCUAUCGGCCAAAGGCUACCCACGUCACCUUUGCUUCGAGGCAGAAACAUCCCUAGCGAAAUGGUCCAAGAAUGUCACCGAGGACAUUGGGCUUUCCGGCCGGGUCAUCCAGGAUAUUGAUGUCCUGAGUCCCGAGGAACGACUCCUGCUCUUGCAGCACUUGUCAUUAACAGACGCCAAAAGCGACCUGUCGGAAGCAAUCUGUGCGUACAUCCGACGACAGCUGGUUGAUGCACCUUCUAUGGCCCAGCUCAAGGAGCUCAACACAGUUUCCUACCUGGAGGGGUCAGCCUCACCUGAGAUGCUAGUUCAAACGCGUGUCAAGUGGUAUCAGGAACAGGGCUGCCUACAUCCUUCCGCUGCCUCCUGCCUUGCUCUGUUCAAUGAGACCGAAUCUGUCUUGACCACGGUCCUUCGUGAUCGGAGAGAGAAGGACCUAGCUCGUAUCUCCACCGGUCUUUGCCAGCUGGUACAGAGUGGACCUGUCGAUGCUUACACUGACAUGAUGGCCCUUUCGUUGUUCUGCGCUGCGCGAAAGGGUGCUCUGGACGAGAUCUACACAGAGGUUACCGAUCGAAACCCGUUGUUCAAUAACCAGUCAGACCAGGCGGCUGCUUUCGCGGAGUCCUUUGCUCUUGGAUCGCGUUGCGAAGCCUAUUUCGAUGUCUCGCCUAGCACCUUUGGAAAGCUGCUGUCGAAUCGUUUCCGCAAAAGCUACACCAACGAGCAGCUGCCGAAUUGGAUCAACGGGGCUCCGGAUAUGGCCACGUCGUAUGCUGGCGCGCAGAUUGAUGUCAAUCCAGAUGAUAAAGUCAAACCAAUGCGCGGAUACCAGCGCUUCACUUUCCUCAGCGUCUUUGCGUUUCCAGCUCUGAUCGACAUCCUUCUGCUCACGAUCAUCGGUCGCGGAUUGUAUCUUUCGGCUUUCAUGACAUACGAUGAGCAGCAGAGUGCGACCAUUGCCCUGAUGAUCUCGCUACUGCUAUCCGGUGCGAUUGGCACGUGGAUUGCCUGCGGAGGCCCUUAUUAUCUCAUCUCAAUGGCCUUCGCUGCCGCGAAUAUGUUCGUCCUCAUCAGACUGAUUGCCGGCAUCGCUUUUACGGUCGCUGGAGGUCUCAUUGGCUUUAUUGCUAUCUCGGCCACGCACAGUGCACGCGCUGGAAUCAUCUUCUACCUCUACCUGAUUGCGUUGACGAUCUACUUUUCGGCCUUUGCCUCUCUGGCGAGUUUCAGCUAUCCUGGGUCCACCUUCCUUUCUGGGCGCAAGAUCAUCUUCGCAUGCGUUCCGAUCCUUUUCAUCUCCCCCAUUGUUACCACGUUCACAGGCCAUGACUCGGCUGUCUACCUUGCAGUCAUAUAUGUCUUUAUUAUCACCUUGCUUUUUGGUCUUCGGUCUGUCGCUUCGAAGUGGGUCACCUGGUAUCAAAGCCUGAGGAGGACCGAUGACACGGAGAUUCGAAAGUGGUAUGUUGCCUCUUAUGGUAACAACGACGAGAAGGUGUUUGGAAGUCUGAGUGACCCGGCUGUGUUGAAGCUAUCCAGAGAAGCGCUGUUGAAGGACGUUCUAGCUGAAAAGAAACGCGGACUCUGGACAAAACCUACCACCGACCAGUUAGUUCUCGAGCUUGCCAGGGACUGGGAUGCGACCAACUUCCUCCUCGACUGGUACUGCAGGUAUGCCGAUGUGCCCAGACCAAUCCCCUUCAGCUCGUCUUGGAACAUCCAAACAAAGGUCGCCCUGGAUACACUCCGGAGCUCCCAGAAGGGCAUACGACUCCACAAUGCUUUUAUCCAGUGGCGGCAGUCAAGCCGGGAAAUCGGAUGUGGGGUGUUGUACUUCGUUCUAGCCCUGCUAGAUAAAUGGGUGCAGCUCCUCACAGGUGGCCAUUUAAUUGGCCUGUCUGCCUCUGUCACCGAUUCUCAGCGCAUGGCAGUAGGAUUUGGACUGGCUUAUUACUUGAUUGGUGCUGUUCUUAUCGACACCAAGGCCCAAGAGCUCCACGAUCUCGUUGGAAAGCAAACCUCUGUCCCAGUCUACAAGUCGAAGGACAUACGCUUAUCGCAGAAGCGGGAUGUGAGGUACAAGAGGAAGGUCUACUGGAAGACUUUAUUCAAGUUCCUCAUGUGGCAUGUAUGGAGUCUUGCCCUCGCCACGGCCCUUCUGUGGACCUUCCAGUCAACAGAAGAAGCCAUGAUCAUAUUCUGUGCCUACGUCCUGGCGUACACAGGGCUUCUGUGGUAUCAAUACACGAAAAUCUUCACCGGGCCCCAUGCAUUCAAAACACUGCUUAUCGGAUGCCUUAUUGGUUUACCGGUCGGUAUUGCCCUGAAGGUCCGGCUGCCGCAUUUCCUGUACUCCGAAGUCAUUGGCCUUGGGUCUGCCACAUGGAGCGUCGCCAUCCUCUCGCUCUUCUCUGCGAAAAUGGGCAUGCCGAAGAAGGUCUCCUCUCCCGUGGAACUUGGAAGGGUUUUCCAUGCUUACACUGCUCCGUGGGCGGAUCCCGACUGGUCUCAGCAGGAACUGCAAACCUUCCAUGAGAAAAUAUCCCUCGUUCCUUCCGAUGCUCGCUUGAAAUUGGACCCCCAGGCUCAUCCUGGAGUCGAGGUUAAAGAGAUCCUGCUCGCACGCAGAAAGGAGCCGAGAAUUGAAGAGGCGUUCCCGAAUUCGGAAGCCCUGGUGCACCUAGCCUUGGAGACAUGGGGUAAAGGGGAAAUUUCCCUCGAGCUUGUCCCCGUUGGAUCGCUUGGCCCCGGUAUUCACGCACUCAGCUGUAGCACAACAGGGCAUCUGAACAUUGCCGUCUGUGUGGGACGCGGGCUAGAUCAACGGAUCGAUGUCAGUGCAAAUUGCCAAGUCAUUGCCGAAAUCCUGCUUCAUGCAGUUGCGGAAUCCAUGUUGCAAAUUCCACAUGAGUACGCCGUGCUUGCUGAAUCUCUCGUCACCGCAGGUGUCACCGAGGGCAUGGCACGGCAACUCCGCUCAGAGCCCAAUACUUCGGUCGUCAUACGCUGGGCCAAGAAAGAACUUCUGCAACACUUGUGUCUUGGAUUUGAAUGUGACUCGCACUGGGAACGGCUACCCAAAGACAUCAGAAACGCCCUGCUUAACCGUUGUCUUGGCCAGCCUUGUCAGCUCUCCGAAGAAAGCCGACUGUGGCUCGAACACAAUCUUUGUCGGUUUGAUACCGAUAGCAUUGAUGUGCAUGUUGCCCGGAGCAAUCUUGGGGCUGCCAGUGCUGUUAGUAUCCUCGAUUAUGCACACUACGGCACUGGCGAAGCUGCUGUUUUCCGAGAUCCCGAAACCCGGGAGCACAUUCCCUAUGUGCCGAAGAAGAUUUCUGCCGCCAUGUAUAUCUUCACGAAGCCCUUGCACACUUUCUACUAUGCAAUGGCGUCAACUAUCAAGUUCAUCGUCGUUGCUUUGGUCGCAGAUCCCGAGUUUCAGCGCGAGUUCAACCAUGUAAUGAGCCAACGUCAUAGCAUCAUUCGUGUACCAGCAACCCUAGCCUUGAGUUUGCUCUGGUCGUAUUCCCGGAUCAUGCAGAAUCUUGGUCUCUCUUUCUUCUUGUUUCAUGGCCGUGACAAUGUGAAGCGGCUCUGGAACGAGACAAAGGGAAUGACUAUCAGCAUCAAGAAGAGCAGAUUUGUGAUUCAGAGUUUGGACGGAACAUUUGCUGCUUUCAAACACGAUGAGCCAGAUGGAGGCUUCAAGGUCUACUAUUACGCCGGGCAACACAAGACAGAACCCGAAGGAACGAAAAACCUCAGUUACGUCUGUGUCUACUCGAAGGAGAUGCUUCUGUUGGUCCGUCAGGAGUUCAAGGGUGGGAAGGUGCUCAACGAGUACCACUACGAUUACCGUGCUCCGGCAAAGAAAGGCUUUGCCCUGUCCAAGUCCUCGCAGGCAAAGAUACCAAUGGGCCGCCGUUGUGUCCGCGGAGAAAAUCACCUGCAGAGCAUCCAGUACAAUCGGAAAGGGCUUAUCGAAGCAGGAUCGUAUAUGAAGGAUGGCAAUCUCAUCCGCUUCAAGUACCACUACCGCAAAAACCCCCGAUUCGGUGAUGAAUUGCUUCGAGCUGAAUUUGCUCUCUCGCACAUCACUUGCACCGUGUCAUGGUGUGCUCCGCCUCUUCGCCAUCCCGAGAAGGUCGACCGGUGGAUUCCUCAUUCCAAGGUGACAGAAGCGACGUUCGUCCAGGGUGCCGAUGUCUACGAGGCUCGUUGGCUGUACGACCACAAGUUCCAUCCCACGAUCUUCACCACCCUCAAUGGACAAAAGGUACAGACGCCGCCCAUGAUCGAACAUGAUUAUCUUGCGGUGCUGGUAAAGCCCAAGUCUACCGGAUUCGUUCACGAUAAUCCUCUUCUGUACUGCGACAGCCUCAAUUCGAGCAUUUUCACCAGGUUUUUUGGGUUGACCAAGAAGCGCUUCCCCGUGUCAACUUCUCGUGCUCGCUCGUUGAUUUGGAAAGGAUGGAAGGAACGUGUCGACCUUGACGGUAUCAUCGUCCGCUGGAUGGACGAGCGGUUGCUGCGAAGAGACAAGACACUUGCUCCUUACUGGCGCUGCCGGGACCGUGGUGACCUCGCGUCGGCUAAGAAGUACUUGGACAUUCGCGCAGACACCAUCACCGCCAGUGCAGACCUAGACGACAACAUCUCCAGUUGGACUCCGCUUGCCGUGAAGAUCAGCGAUCUGUUCAACUUCGGGCCUGGCGGCGAUGCUGUGGUCAACACCAGGUCGAAGGACUUCGGCGCCGAUACGGAAAAGUCGCUGCAUGUUAUGGCUGCUGACACCGGCACCUGGCCGAAUGAAGGAGGUGGUGUCUCUGCGUGUCGCCGUGAUAUGAUCAACUCGCUGAGGACUAUCAAGUGGCAUAUGAUCUGCGAGUCAGCAAAUGACUUUGGCGUUCCUAAGCACCAGACGGAGCAGAAUAUCCUGUCCUUGAAGGUCAUCCCUCUUUGGGGUCUUGAUUUCCUCACUCCGACGCACGGUCUGUUUCGGAACAAGCUUGACUCUGAAGUGGAAAACGUCACCUCUGCCAGUGAGAUGGACAUCAAGAUGAACUUCAUCCCGAUCCUAACCGCCUUGGUCAAGGGAGCUCGUGCCAUCCACCUUUCCAAGGCCGACAUCCAACAGGCGACUCGUGCCUUGGUCAAUCUCAACACGUACUUCCAAGACUCCCGGCAUUGGUCCCAAGUUUGGGACAGCGAGAUCGUGAAGGAGAGCUGGCGUGACCUUUGGCUGACUCAAGAAAUGGCCAAUACCACCCCCUCGUCCGAGUGGUUCCGCACCGAGCUUCCUACCUUGGCGGCUCUUGAUAUCGCAUUGGAACUCUGGUAUCGCUAUCUGUUCAUUUUCUCUAUACCUAUUCCUGAGAAGAUUCCCAACGUGUUCCAGGCAUCGCAUCACAGCGUGAGCGCAUCUUAUGGGGUCGUCUGCAAGAUGAAGCGAAACUGCACGCUACAAAUUUGGGAUCACGCUAUCAGCUGGCGUGAAACGAAUCUCUGCUUGUCUUCUGCACUCUGCAAGCUUUCUCCCUUUGUUAGAAAUGCCCUGCUGGGGUUGAUGCGAGUCACCUCUGUUCUGACUUUGCAUCACGCCGAUAUCAUCCUGCCAUGUGCCGAUUUCUUCAACCCGGGCUGGGAAGUCGAAAUUGGUACCUGCCAGGGAACCAUUGAGCAUCGCAACGUUUUCCGUCGAAAGGUCGACCCGGUCGUCAAUGGCAUCACCGACAUGCAGAAGUUUGCCCCUGUCAAGGAAAUCAAGUCCCAGCGCCCUACGGUUACCAUGUUGUCCCACGUUUGGUAUGCCAAGGACAUCAAGACAGCGCUUCUCGCCGCCGAUAUCAUCAUCAACCAGUGGAAGUUCGACGAUUACCACCUCGACAUCUACGGAGCUAUCGACAAGGCACCCACAUACUCCACUGAAUGCCAGGAAAUCAUCGCUUCCAAGGGUCUCCGCGGCAAAGUCACUCUCCGGGGUACUGCCGACCCAAUGAAGGUAUUGGAAAACACCUGGCUGUUCCUGAACUCGUCUCUGUCCGAGGGUCUGCCGUUGGCGCUAGGAGAAGCCGCCUUGACCGGUGCUCCUGUGGUCUGCACCGACGUGGGCGCCUCUCUCCGAGUCCUGAGUGACCCCGAUGACUUCUCUCGCUUCAGCGCCGUGGUUGCGCCGAACGACGCUCUGGCUCUCGCAAGAGCCCAGAUCACCAUGCUCGGCCUUCUCGGGGAAUGGAGUAAAUACGCCGAGGAUACAGAGGCACCACCGCCUGUGCUCACCUCCUCCCCUACCCCCGAGGAAGUUGCCGCGAUCACACGUCGCAUGUACGAGAAGAGCGACCAUCGCCGCAAACUUGGCAUGAUGACCCGCAAGAUCGUCCAGAAGUCCUUCAGUGGAGACCGGUACCUCCGCGAGCACGAGCAGAUGCUUUGGAUCGGCAAGUCGGCCAAGAUCAUGGCCAACCGCCCGACCGGCAACCUCACCGAGGCCACGGACGUUGCCACAGCCCUGCAACAGACCCUGCCGAUCGACGAAGAAGUCAUCACCAUCCCCCGGAGCGCCGUCAACUCAUGGCGCUCAUCGGCUGCAUCGGGCAUGUCAACCCUGUACAGCUCUGUAUCCAACUACCCGAUGCUGAACGCCAACCAACACGCCUCGUCCAUCCGCUCCAGCCUAAGCAAUGCCUCGACCGACGCCAGCUCCUUCCUGCCUCUCCCCAGCAGCGCCUCUCUGCCCGUCUUCGCGCCCCGCCAGACCCUCUCCUUCUCCGGCAUGCCCGGCAGCAAGUCCCCCAAAAGCCAUCUGUCUCUGUCUGGUCCCGGCCAACUCUCCCCCGUGACCAGUCGCCCUGGCCAUCGCUCGCGCUCUCAUUCCCUCUCCACCGCAGGACGAGAGCAGCUGCGCGGCCUUCAGCGCGAGGACCUGCACCAGUACCGCAACUCGGACGUCAGCACCAUCAUGCGCGAGGAAUUUCUCCAAUCCAGCGUUUUCAGGGGUCUUGAAGGUGGCAAUGCUGUUUGAUUGAAUGUCUCCCCCCCCCCAUUCUCUCUCCCUUUGAAGAUAUACCCACUCUGUUUUUUUUUUUUUUGUCCUUUUGGUUUGGUCCUGUGUUUAUAGUCAUCCUCCAUUCCAUCGAGAUGUGAUCAUUCCUUUUGUACAUACACCUCGUGUGAGCCGUUCCUUUACUUUCCUUUACCUUACCUACCUGACAUGACAUGACAUGACAGUCUCUCCUGUCGGACUAAUUCUUGGUGGUGUUUCGUUUGGGAUUACCCUGGACUUUUGUUUAUAGUGUCUUGUCGGAUGUAUCAUGUACAGAUGGAUGAAUGGUUGGUUGGCUAGUCAGUCUGUUAUCGGACGUGGUCAAUAACUAAUUAGAGCAUAAAAAUUUGAAUAGAG